GGAUGAGGGGGGGGCUCAGCCAUGCUGCCCGCAGACAUUCAGAUUCUGGCAUUCGGCCUGGCGCUGCUGGGUGUCCUUGGUGCCACGGUGGCCACUCUGAUGCCCAACUGGAAGGUGAGCAUGAGCGUGUGGACGAGCAUCAUGACCCCCACCUCCCAGAUGCAGGGGCUGUGGAUGGACUGCGUGUGUUACAGCGCGGGGGUGUUCAGCUGCACCAUGAAGAACUCGCCGCUGUCGCUGCCCGCCUCUUUUCAGGCCAUGCGAGCCGCCAUGGUUCUAUGCUGCAUGCUGGCCACAUUCGGACUCUGCCUUGCCUCUCUUGGGCUCAAAUGUACCCGUUGGGGGGGCAGCCACCGAGCCAAGGGGCACACGUCCAUCGCUGCGGGGGCAUGUUUCGUCCUGUCCAGCCUUCUCUGCCUGGUUCCUGCAUCCUGGUUCACCAAUGAAGUCAUCACUGCCUUCCUGACCACAGACCUGCCAGACAGCAGCAAAUAUCAACCCGGGGGGGCUCUGUGCAUCACAUUUGUCUCUGCUGGAUUUCUCUUGGCUGGAGGGGUCAUUUUCUGCCUGUCCUGUCCUGGGAAGAGAUCAAGGUGGCCGGACCAGGCCACCUUCUCUGAGAGGAGCGACCAAAGACGGGGGAACCUGCGACAGAAGCAAAAGAAAAAUGUCAAGCUGCAGACGGACGAGUCCAAGCUGGAGCGGCAAGAGCACCCACCCCCCUGCAGACUCCCCCGAGAAGACCUCAAGGACAGCUACAGUCUCCAGGAAUACGUGUGACCCCCACACGGCUGUCUGACUGCUGGAAUGAGAAGAGGUGGGGCGGGUAGUUAGAAAACACUGUAAAUAACUAAAGAACUCAAAAUCUAAAGAAACCAUCCGCAUCAACCGCUGCAGCUGCAGAGAAAACACAAAAACGGAAAGGCUGUUUGAGGGCGGAGCUAAAGUCUCAAUUAUUACGAUGAACAUACGCACACAUGUGGACACACAACAGCAGGUUGAACACACAGACUUCUGUAGUUCCUUGUGGAACACAAACCACACGGUUUAAAACUCCAAAAUUGAUGAGUCUGAAGAAGAGCUUCAAAUCAAAGUGGAGCAAGAUGUUGAACAAAAGUAUUUGUCUUUGCUUUCUCAAAUCACAUGUAACUAUAACACAAUUGUCACAAAGAAUCAGCAUGGCAAACCUGGCACACUUCAAAAUAAAACAUGUUUUUCACAAAGAA